AUGAGUAGCCGUAGUUUUUUUCCAUUUUUUUCAUUCGGAUAUGUAAAUAUCUUAGCUGAAUUAGUUACCAGAAUCCAGGCUUUUAUAAUUGAACUAAAGUCGUAUUGGUUUCCAACUUUACUUUCUAAGCAGGUGUUUUAUAUUUUGUAUGUAAAUUCCCUAUCCAUAUUUUGUACUUUACACAGAUGUUUAUCUCCCAACUGUGCACAAGUUUAUUCAUAUAAUCUUCGGUCAUUAUCACUGAUCUACGGUACAGCUUAUUUGGUUGAUAUAUCUAAUCCAACCGGUCACAGAUUUACAUUGGCUCUGGGUUUUCGACCAGUUCCACUGAACAGUAAACCAAUAGAACUGGCGUCUGAUGAUCAUAACAGUGAUUGUAAUCUAGUGAACGUGGACUUCAAUCCUCAUAUGAUUGCUAGACAGCAUUUAGAAGAAUUGUUAAACGCUAGCAAAUCCAUAUAUUCCCUAACUACUACACUGUUGAAUACACUGCAAUUCUUCAGUCUGUGGAGUAUCUUCAGGAUCUUGUUUUGUCUUACAAUGGCCUUAAGAUUUCCUCACUGUAUAAUAAUUACAUCCGACCUGUUCGUGUCUGGACUCCCUGUCUUUCCUGCAUCAUCUGAGAGUCAUUCAUUAAAAUGCUUGAGGUGUAUUCAAUUAACUGAUGCCUAUAAUCAGUUGACUGGAAAAAUGUGUCCAUCUGUUUCUACAGAUUCAUGGGAUAGUCAGACUAACGACAGAGCUUUGUGCAAUUUAGUCCCACUGCCAGCUUUUUCGGUAAGAGUUGUAAUUUUUUCUGCUGUUUUGUAUGUUUCACAGUAA